GGAUAUAAACAAAAUAGCUGAUGGCAUUGGUGCGAAAUAUGGGCGUAUAAUAUCAAGUGUAGUGUCAUUCAUCGUUGGUUACACCAUUGGGUUUAUUUAUGUUUGGCAGUUAACGCUGGUUAUGCUUAGUUUGUUUCCACUUAUGGUAAUCGUUGGCGCUAUGAUGUCCAAGGUAGGACGUCAGGAGAUUAAGUUAGUGAAAACAUCACCUAUAAGGCCAUGUUAGAUAAGGGUAUUUUUGGUGCAGUUUCGGGUGCAGAGCCAUGUUAUAUGAAAGGUGGUCACAGAGAAAAGUGAGUAUGGCUUGCAACUCUGCGGACACUUUCUUUGCCAACUCUGAUGGGAUGAAAUUGGAAAUUGAAAGAAAUGGAGUUAAUAUAUUAUCAAUAUUAAUGUGAACAUGCAGGAAAACUGUGGGUGUUGCACGUAAUUCCAUGCGACAACUUUUUAUAUAACAUUAUUCUAUGUCAGAAACUGCAUUGCAAGCUAGAGCAAAAAUUUCUUCCAGAAUAACAUGGCCUUUAAUCAAGUUGAAUUUUAGUCUCUCUGUAGACACUAUCGCCCGUAUUCUAAAAGCUCACUCACACUCACACUCAAUGAGUAGAGGUUCAAUCUGAGCUUCUAUUGAGCGUCAAUGCUGUUUUAAUUUGAAUAGCUGGAAGACUAGUGUCAUACUUUAAUUACUAUGUGACUGCUCACCCUCAAGAGAAGCUCAGAUUGAACCUCCACUCAUUGAUUGUGAGUGAGCUUUUAGAAUAUGGGCGAAUGUCAUACAGAAGGCACAUUUUGCAGCAACUUGCAAUGCAAUUCUUAAAUAGAGCCAUGUUAUCUGAAAACAGCAUCGCCUAUGCAUGGUUUAGUCGGUUAGCCUUUCAUCCUAUCCCUUAUUAGCAGUAUGUUAUGUAGGUAUCAGCAAAGUAGGGUGCAGCCUAUGUUCACAAAUUCUAUAAAUGGCAAGCUUCAGAUAACAUGGCUCAGAAUCCAAAAUUACAUUGCAAUUUAUAAGUUGCCGCAAAAACAUUGGCUUGCGUAACAUGGGCUGAAGAUAAAAAGCAGAAUAGAAAGCUCGAAUAGUCUGUGCCGGCGCAGAUAUAGCGACGAUAACAAGACAGCAAAGUUCUGCUUACAUUUUUCACUAGAUGUAUCUCUUUCAAUCCAUAGAUUUCCUCUGAAAUAUCGGUGAUACUCUGUCAUUUUAUAUAGUCAUGGACACUUUCUUAAUAAAAAUGACCAUUUUGAAGUCCUAUUUGUCACAAUAUGUAAAUGCACAUCGGUCAGGAGGUCUACAUUAUGAAUGUGUUAGGUUUAGUUAAUGUGGAAAAAGUCUUCCGCAUUUAGAUGACUUUAAAGAUUUACCAUUUAAUUUGCACGCCGGUAAAUUUUAUACGGACAUUUUUUGAAGCGAUGUAUUUCAAUGAGUUGCAAUGUAUGUUUUUUAUCGUUUCUUUUUCUAAUUCUUAAUAAACAAGACCAGUUUGUUAUAAAGUAUAAAGAAAUUAUGACUAUAUAUAUACUUGUCCAAAUGCUUCUUAAAAGAUCUAUUUUGUCGUUUCUCGAUUUGUGAAUGAUAAGUUCGGUCGCAUAUACUUUCUGUCACGUAUACAUGAAUAACUGUCAUGAUCUUAAUAAAUAUAUAGAAAAUAAUGAACUGAAACAGCUUGAAGGGGGGAUAUUCUUAAUAUCAUUUUUGUAUUUCAUCGCCAAAAAUGGAUAUGAAAUCCAUGCAUGUUAGUCUUAAAUUCGUUGUUUUAGGUGACAGGGACUUAUGCCGCCAAAGAGCUAAAGGCUUAUUCUAAGGCUGGUCACGUGGCAGAACAAAGUAUUUCCUCUAUACGAACUGUAGCAGCGUUUGGUGGUGAACAGAGACAGGCAGACCUGUAAGUUUGCAACAUAAUUUCAAAAUUUUUGUUCAGUUAAUCAAAACUGUAUCUGCCCAAAUGAAUUAGACAUUCAACCACUUUGAAUUAUGUUCCGAUAUGGAACAGUUUAUGUUCCUAUAACCAUGAGCAGUUACGAAACAUGCAACUAUUUGCCCUCGAACCUGUGGCCGUGCGAUUCCAUGUAACGAAGCACUUUAGCCAACUGAGCAUGCAAAAGUGUCCUGUAGUUGAGCUGUAACCGCAAGUUCGUGCACAUUAUACAUGUAUAUACUAUACAAGGUGACGCGAAUGUAAGGUUUAUGUGGAAAUAUCAGGAUUUUGGAAAUCUCAUAAUUGUUGAAGUGGGUUUUAUUGACGGAAAAUUAUACACGGUAUUGGCUGCCGUUUCUUUAUAAGGUGUUCAGGCAAUAUAGAUUUAUAAGAAAAACAUGGUUAAUGUGAAGAAGCGAAAUUAGUUGAACUAUGAUUAAUUAAUUAUAAGUUUUGCUUUAUUGUGUGUUCCAUUUGACAUGUUUAGUUAUGAAUCGAAACUAGAUGAUGCUGAGAAAUAUGGAGUCAAGAAAGGUUUUGGUACAGGUGUUGGCAUGGGCUGUUUCCAGUUGGUGAAUUACAUCAAUUACGCACUCUCAUUUUGGUAAGAUAAUAAAACAAACCCUAGGAUUUGCUAGUUUGGCUGCUAUGUUGGGCUAAUAAAUGCAUAGUGCAGUAUGACCAGAAGUUUCGUACACUAAUACUUUACUUAUUUUUUUCUUUCACCCUUACCCUUUAUUUUGCACCCUGCAUUCAUAUAAUUAAUAAUUUGCCAGUUUCUCUGAUCUUUUUACCUUCUCUUUCUAUUGGUCUUUAUAUCUGAUUUUAUAAUGCACUUGGCAAUUUGAGUUUGUAUUUUUUGGUUUCAUGUGUUUCAAAAAAUAGCCUAAUUUGGUCUUCCUGGUAAUCGUGGUGCUGUAAUCGGCAUUUUGCCGUUUUCGCUAUAGAGAUAACUGUUCUUGGACUAAAUUUAUGUUUUUAGUAUUUAGUGGCUUUGCAACCCUUGUUAUCCACGACAACGCCGUAAUAAAAUGGCGGCGUUAUACUCUGGAAGAGUAAACGUAUAAUAAAGUAUGCUCAUAUAUAACUGUAAACUACACACUUAGAAACGUGCGCUUGAUCGGUUAUUAUAGUUGUAACAAAGUUGUUCUCAAGCUGUUGUUUCUAAUUCUUAUGACAAAUCUGGAACAAGAUCGUUAUCAUUCACUAUGUUACAAUUUCACUACGGUAACUUCAGACGUGUCAGUCUGUUGGCCUCGUCAAUUUUGUUGUAGAAUCGUAUCAACUUGUUCCUGACUUUUCAAAUACCUUGAACAACCACCGGAACAAAUCUUGUUGAAAGCUGUGAGAUGUUUCGGUCAUGCGUGUAGUUUUCCAGCCGAAUGCAAAAUUUUGCCAUUUCUGGGUUUUCAGAAGUCGCUAACUGCAGACGUGUCAGGGUCUUGGCCUCGUCAAUAUUGUUACGGAGUCAAAUCAACGGGGGGAAAAUGGGGGAACGAAUCUUGUUGAAGGCUGUGAGAUGUUUCGGUCAUGCGCGUAGUUUCUCAGCCGAAUGCAAGAUUUUGCCAUUCCUGGGUUUUCAGAAGUCGCUAACUGCAUGCAGACGGGUCAGGGUGUUGGCCUCGUCAAUAUUGUUACGGAGUCAAAUCAACCGGGGGAAAACAGGGGAACAAAUCUUGUUGAAGGCUGUGAGAUGUUUCGGUCAUGCGCGUAGUUUCUCAGGCGAAUGCAAGAUUUUGCCAUUCAAUUUCUGGGUUUUCAGAUUUUAAAAAUUAUCCCAAGAGGAAAACACCCACGCAGUUCCAUACGAUGGAAUUCUCCAGCGCCCCAAAGUUAUAUUUCACGUUGUGAAUAUCAUUAACGAAAUCAUGAUGGUAAAGGAGUUUGUACAUUUGAUACAAAAUCAUGCUGAUUUACAAGAAUUUAAAUUCAAUUUUCUCAUCAAAUGUCAUUCAUUUAGUUUAAAUUGUUGAAGAAUCCGAAUGUUCGGCUCGAGUUUGUAUAUCCAGUACAACACGGCCUUUCAUGUAGUUAAAUAGCCUUACAUGUCUUUGGUGAUCCUGAUGGACAAUGAAUGUGCUUGUAUUAUUAAAAUUUUCUCUCAAUAUUUUAAAAGGUACGUUAUCAAGUUAACCCGAGAAGGAGACGCAACUACAGGAGACGGAAUGUUGGUAAGCACAUGGAACGUCUUCGCAUAGAUUAUAUCAGGUGUCGCAGGGGGCAGGGAUCUUGAGUUUUGAACUUUGUGAUGUUUUCGCAUAAUUUUAUUCAAGCAAGGGUCGACUGUUCAUCUGGGGUCAAAUUUAUAAUUGUGUACAUGCGUGAAUGAUUCUUGCACAUAAUUCUAAUGCUUCUCUCAGUUUCUGUAAACUAGCAACGAUACGAUGUAAAUACAUUUUGCCAAAGUUGUCUAUCAAUCCCCAACAAAAAUCCUCAGCUUCCUAAGAUGCUUCCUCCCACUGUUGAACCCCUGGAGCUGCCACCACAGUUUUUGCACGGCAGUUAUCCAUAGCCGGGUUUGUUAGGAGGGAUAUUUAAAUUUUUAUUUUUAUUUGCACAGGUAUUUUUUGCUGUAAGCUUGGGUUCCUUGUUGCUAGGACAGGCCGCACCCAGCGGUGAAGCUUUGGCUGCCGCACAGGGAGCGGCUUUUGCCGUCUUUCAUAUCAUCGAUAGGGUAAGUUCAUUUAUAUUUCCCGUCUUCUCUUGCUUUGGCCACGAUAGAAGCCUAUAGUAUACACUUUUGCAUACAAAUUCCCAUUUAAGAAAUGGAUUAGUCAAAUUUCUGAAGUAUGCUGAAGUAUGUCUGAUCUAUUCCUGCUAGAAAUCAGAAAUCGAUGCUUCAGAAGAUGAUGGCCGCAAACCAGCCGUCAUAAUGGGCGACGUGGAUUUCUCAGAUAUUGACUUUGCCUAUCCUACGAGAGAAUCUGUGAAGGUAAGUUUUAUGAACAUUUUCAGGGACGCCGGAACGAUAAUAAGGCAAAGGAGGGCAGACGCACACCAAGGGCACCUCUAUACAGGGUGUAUCAAAAUAAACGCAAUUCAUCUUUUGUGCUUAAUAACUUUCGAAAUACUAUUUCUAGUUAAACGGUUUUAGGCUUACUUCAAAGCCUGUUCUUUUGUCUUUCAAACAAACUAUUAUCCUUGUCUCCAAUGCUAGUAAUAAUUGCACAAGAAAAGAUUUAGUAAAACCUAUCAUUUUUAGUUGCUGUUUAGUUAUGCAAGUUUACUAUGUUAUUGUUUAUAGUCAGAUUAAAUGUUAGAAUUUUCUUAUUUAAACUUUAAUGUUGUCGUCACUACAUCUGGAAAACCACGUAAGAACAAAUUAAAAGUAUUUUAAAAGAGACCAGGUUGUUUGAAAAUCCUAAACGAAUGCUAAAAAUCGUCAAAACAUUCUGGUGUCUGAAGCCAGAAUGUCAUCGAAUUGCGAUGUAAUGUAAACAGAAAUUAUAGCAAGCUGAUGUCAGUCAGCUUAGAUGGUCCAAGCCAAAAUUAUAUCGCAUUUGAAGUUUCAAACUAUGUUAAAAAUAGUGGAAGAAAAGCCGUAAUUAUACUUAUUGUUACAAUCCAUUUAUUAAAAUGCAACAUUUUUUUGUUUUAAUGAAAAAAUCAGUUAUUUUCAUGAGAACGAUUUGUUAUUCCAUCUCAAUUUUUUUUAAUCUCCAAUCGCAAUAGCGUAAAGUAUUAUUACCCGCGAUCCAAUGAGUCAAAUUUAAGAAACAACCCACUAUUAGAAAGCUGAAUGGCUACGCUUUAAAAUGAAUGUAAACUUUAACGUUUUCGUCUAUUAUUUGUUUAGCAAUUUACAUUUCAGUCGAGGAUUGCGCUUUUUUUGAUACACCCUGUAGAGCAAAAGUUCAAAAAGUUCGGUCAGUGUACCAUUUUAGGGGUCAAAAAAUUUUCCGGACAUACCAAAAUUUUCCGUUAAGUUAAAAAUUUUUUCUAAAUUCUAAAAAUUUUCUAAAAUUUUUGUAAAUUAAACUCAUUCUUUACCAAAUUCACAAUUAUUUUUUGUUAAUUUACUUUCUCUGGGCCUAUAAAUUACUUGAAUCUCAUGAUUUUCCCAGAAAAAGCAUCACUGGAAAUGUGAUUUAUCGCGUAGUAUUUUGCAACUAAAAGGGCACUUCUGCCCCACCUGCCCCCUCUAGCAAAAGGCAAGGGGGGCCAUGCCCCCCAGUUCCGGCGUCCCUGAACAUUUUCAUCACAAAGGAUAUACACAUGAUUUUCUGGUUAUCCUUGCUACCAGAAAUGGGAUAUGGGGCUCAAGUUUUCAUAUCUGAAGCACAGUGAUUGCCGCUAUUAAAAUAUCUGGCAACAGGUUGGUUGGCAUCGUUACCAAUGAAAGCACGCUGAUGUUCACCAAAUCUUGUACUCAAAUUAAGUCUUAAUUUUCUCCGAUAUAAAGCGUGCUAGAUUAACUGCAAAAGAUUAUAGGAGUACACUCAUGGAAUGAUAAAUAGAUAUAAUAAUGGAAUGACGUGACUGGAACUCGUCACAAAAUAAUUAUAACUGGAGUUGAAGAGAUUCACCACUAAUUUUAUGUUGCCAGUUGUACGAAAGCAGGAUAGCGCUAUCCAUUGGCUAUUUGGCUAAUUAAUUUUUCAAACUUUUUGAUUUAUCCGGUAUAGCUGAUUGGUUGGUCUAACCCAUAUUAAUUAAUAAACUUUAACAAUUUCAAAUCAAAGUUUAUUUUUAUUAAUGGUGAGGUCUCUAUUACUUUUGAAGCAAUUGUACAACGGUUGAAAAAAUCACUUCCGGUGCCAUCAGGCUAUCGUACAAUCGGCCCAUAAAGGCGGAUUUCCAGUCCUCGCACGAAGCUCCUGGCAGCUCGCUGAGAGUAAUGCAUGAGCACUUUCAUCCAAUCACAAUGCUAAACAGUUCAAUUUAAUUAGAUGCAAGCACUCGCAGCGAGCUGCGAGGAGCUUCGUGCGAGGAGUGGAAAGCCGCCUUAAGGAAUAUAAAUAUGUUAGCAAGAGGACUACAUUAAUUUUAAUAUUCGAAACUUCGAUACAACUUUACUUGCUUGGGUGAAAACAAAGCAUCAAUUGUCAACUGCAUCAAUUGUCCGACUCACAGUGAAUGAAUAUGUGUAUCCCUAUGAAUCGAGUUAUGAUCGAUAGUACAUAUGUCCAGGGCCGAUGGCGUCAUAAUUGUAAAACGGCAGAAGCGAUGUUUUACAAUAUAUUACAUUUUAUUGCAUAUUAUUUGGUGCUAACCCAGCUGGGGGUUAUAUUCUCGAUUUAAUAAGCAGGCUUGUAUUAGUUGGUCUCGGUGGCAGUGGUCAGAGCAAGCGCCUUUCACCUCUCAGUUUGUUGUCGCUAUUGUCCGGGUCCUCCGGUUUCCUCACACAGGGAAAGUUAAUAGGGUGGGUAAAGAUAGUUAAGAAAGUGAUAUCACAAUUGUCGUAAAGAUAAUAUAAUCUAGGCUAAGUAUGUAAUUGGCCCUUCCAAGGUUAAAGACGCCCCUUGUAAAUUUACCCAUGGGGAAUUCCAUUGCGUUUGCACCCCUUGCACCAUCGUAUUUCAUUAUGACGUCGUGAACCUUGGAAGGGUCUAUUAGGUAAGCGUGUAAAACUUGAUGCAAGCGCAUUUGAUCAUAUCCACGUGUACCUUUGCGCUUUGGAUAAGGACCUGCGUUGCUUUCCGGUCCCUUUUGAGCUGCGGCUCGAUCGAGACAUAGUGCCCCGCCCUUUCGGUGGGCCUAGAUAUGUGUUGCAUGUACAGUAUUAAUACUGUUACAGCAAUAUCCCUUCCUUUUUGAAAAUGUAUUUCUUAUCAUUUUAAUAGAUCUUAGCUGAUUUCAGUCUAAGAGUUCCCCGUGGUAAACGAGUGGCAUUAGUAGGCGAGAGUGGAUGUGGAAAAAGUACAAUCGUUAAGCUUAUUCAGAGAUUUUAUGAUCCUGUUCUUGGAAGAGUGAGUAUAAAUCCGAACAGUUGUACCUAGCAUUCUGGAUUCUUCACAAUCUAUAAAAAUUUUAGCGAAAAAUUUUAGAGACAAAUCCAAGCGAACAUGGGCUAUACACACUCCAAAAACAUCACUAAGCAAUUGACCUGGAACUCACCCACGAUGCAGCGUAGUUUCGUUUUGUUCAAAGGGGCAGUUGAAAAUAUUUCUAGGAUGUGAAGAAAGGACUUUUUUCACUGUCUGGACCAAAUACGAUCUCGCGAUCUCAGCUAUUGCGAACCAAGUCGCAUUACGAUUAAGGACGUAUCAUUGUUUAUAAUGCCAAAAAUUGUUGUGGGAAAAGUUGCAUCGAGUGUUACACAAAGUAGAACUGGCAUCACUUUUGCCAACGAUUGCGGAAACCUUUUUUUAGCAUAACAAGCACGCUAAUUGUGGCAUGUAUGAUAUCUUCGUGUCACUUUUCACGAAAUACUUUCUCACCAAAUAGAUUCCAUUGGCUUUUAUGGUUGAAAAUUUGGCGCAAUAUAAUUGCAUACCUGGUGUACAUGCGCUAUUUUGAACCUGUACGAUAAUUGCAAGUUACAUGAAACAUAUUGCUCUCUGCAAAACCAGUGGCGUCACUACUUUGGGCUCGGACCGGGCGAACCCGUGGCCAAUGGGCCAAAUGGGAGCCCCCAGGCUCAGGCUGUAGAGAAAAAACAUUGGCCAUGGUUUCUGAUAUGUCACAAUGUCGUUUCCUGACUAUCAGAAUUCUGUAAAAUCUCUCCCCAAAGUCGGGAAAAUGGCAUUUCAGAGAGUCUAGAUUCAAAAAUUUUCCUGGUGAGCAUGCCCUGGACCCCCUAAAAAACUCAUGUAUAUACGGCGCUCAACUCGUGCCUCUGGCACUUCUACUAGGGGUGGGGGACCGCCUGAUAUAACGUUACGCCACUGUGCAAAACCUCGUGCAAUGAGGGGCAAUGCUGAAAUCGUUUCCCCCCACAUUGCGAGACAAAUUACAUUAAAAGUUGCAACAUGUACUAGCAAAGAGCUACCACUAAAGAUGUUUCUUCAUCUUUUCGACCAUAGGUAUUACUUGAUGGCCAGGACAUUAAGUCAUUUAAUGUGCGACAUUUGCGUCGUUUCAUUGGAGUGGUCAACCAAGAACCUGUUCUCUUUGCGACAACCAUUGCAGAAAAUAUUGCUUUAUUUGGUAAGGAGGGUGCAACACAAAAUGAAAUCAUAGAAGCUGCUAGGAUGGCGAACGCACACGACUUCAUUUGCAAUUUUCCACAGGUACGGCCAUCUUUAUUAUUUUACAGUAAGCCAUAUCAGUACGAAAACGAGUACAAUGAUACUCCACGAACGUUGAGCGUUAAUCCAUAUUUGAGAGCUUAAAGAAGUCUCGUUGACAAAAUAGACGCCGUCAUAUAUAAAGUCAAUCAGUUUGUUUCAGGUUGCGAGUGAUGGCGACAGUAGCGUAUAGUUGAAAUCACGAAUGCAAAUCGUUAUUUAAUGCCGUUCUGUAUUUAAAAGACAAACCGCUGACGUCAUCACUCGCCAUGUAUAACGGCUGGAUUGACUGCUAGUUGGCCCAAAAUUGAAACCAUGCACGAAGAUCUCCGAUUUCUAGUCGGCGCCUAUGAUUUGGCGUAACCGUUGCAAUGCUGUCGUUAUGUUCCUAUAUAUAAGUACGCUAAGUAGAGGUAUUCAUUCCCAUGAAAAUAUUCAAAAUGGCGAUAUUAACGCGGGUCAAUGUCUCCCACAAAGCACUUUCUAGGAACAUGGCAAGCGCAUUUUGCGAAUCAUGGCCUAGCGGCGGUUACACUUUUUAGCUGAUUUGGUCUUCGAUGUUGUGUCUAUUCUGUCUGCAGUUGGUGUAUGCAUUGUCAAAGACCUCGCUUACCUAAUCUCUUUAUUUCACAGCACAUACAUUCCUGACAAUUGUACACUCCAAUACCCAGUCUAUAGUAAUUAAACCUAAAUCUUGUUAGGGAAAAUUAACGGUGUAAAUCAGUCAAUUGAAAUAAGGCAAAUAUGUCUUUUUGUGUUAUAACUGUGAUAUCGCGCUUUGGAAUGAUCCUGUAUUUUAUUAUAUGAUAAAGUUUUAUUCAAUUAUUCCAGUUUAAUUGUAAAAUUCAAGGGCUUUCAUUGGUUGAGAGCCAUAUCUAUUAGAGGACAGACGCACGGAAUUAGUCACAAUCAAUGUAGCCAGUAGCAUUCGAUUAUUUAUAGAUCAUGUACACGCGUGAUAUUUGUAAAAUUUUGACUUUUUCAAAUUUACAACGGUUUGAGUGCGUAAAACGUAAGCUAUUUACCUGUUUAAUUUGGGGGUGGGGGGAGUGUCUUUUUAUUAUUUAAAACAAAUAGAUAAGAUUUUGCCGUUGUCUGUUCAGUUAUAGAUAUACACAGUAUGACCUCUGCAGUAUGACAUCAUAAUGUGGAAAGAACAUAAAAGUGUUUCCUACAUUAUGCAGUCAUACUGUGUAUUCAUAACUGAACAGACAACGGCAAAAUCUUUUCCAUUUGUCAAAUAACAGGCAUCAGAUUUCCAAAUGAAGAAUAGAGAUAGCGAUAGAACAAAAAGUAUAGUUAACGUUCUUUCGAUGAGCCAGCAGAAAAAUACUUAUUUACUUUAAUAUUCAUGGGGUUUUUAAUUUUCUUGUUUGAAAAAGUACGUUGUUAGUCAUAACGAAAGUGCCGAUAUAAAGUAGAAUAAAAUUAAACUAUUUUUUAUUUCAGGGCUACGAAACUCUUUGUGGAGAGCGUGGUGUUCAAAUGAGUGGCGGUCAAAAACAGAGGAUCGCUAUUGCAAGGGCGUUGAUACGAAAUCCAAAAAUUCUGUUAUUGGAUGAGGCGACUUCGGCUCUCGAUACGGAAAGUGAAGCAAUUGUUCAGGACGCUCUUGAUAGGGUAACAGAAAUAAAUACUACAUCUAAGGGACCGUUUAUUAUUUAUACCUGGGGUUGGUACCGACGAGAAAUCACUGUAAAUUUUUUAUUUACCCAACCUCAACAUUGGUUAAAAUAAUGUUUACCCAACCUAUGUGUUACUCUACUUAAUAAUAAUUAAACACACGAGAUUAUUGUGACAGAAAUUAAGUUGCCUAAAUUCUAAAAGUUCACACACACUCAAACUCACUGAGUGUGCCAAAGCAAUCACGUUCCUGCUGAUCAAUGAUAGAUUUCGAUCACUGAUGGUCUAUUUUGGUACAGAAUGUAUUGUACAUAUUUUUCUUCAUAUUUUGCAAUGCAUGGUAAUAUGGUUUUAUUUUAAAGCUGACAGACAGCCAUAAAUGUUUUUACCCAACCCAUGAUCUUGUCAAAAACGUGAUUACCCAACCCAUAUCUCUUCGGUAACAACCCCGCGGAGUGAAAAUAAUAAACGGUCCCUAAAAUACCAGGAAUAUACUAGUAAUACUUCAGCCCUAUAUUGUCCUUCCUCGUGCAGAUAUUUUGAGCAGGAGCAUCCGCUUAAAAUCUCGAGGUGUUUUUUUUAUUUUUGAGGGUUUUUUUUUGUAUGAUCACGAGGAGACGUGAAGAUCAUUAUUUUCUUACAGGCCGAGGAAAAGUAUUUUUUCUUCCUAUAGGCCUGGCAGCGAAAUCUAAAAACAAAUUUUUUUUGUGCAAACCAAAUGUUAGACUUUCUGCAUGACCAGGUUUCAGAUAGUGUGCUGUAGUACCACGAUCAAUCUCCACACAUGACAAUUUGACUUCAAAAGUACAUUUGGAAAUUGUAUGGCAUUUAUAUAUAAUCAUAAGGUGACUAAUAUAGUGUUGUAUAUCAGAAAAUUUCCUGCGAAGAUAUUUUAUUAACAAUUUUCUGUGCAGCUACCGCUGUCGCAUAUUUUCCAGCACUGUUUUCGCUUUUAUUCCAUGAGCUGCUAUUAUACCUUUUCAAACCCGCUUCUGGCGGUUGAAAAACGUUUACAACAAUACAGUAUAUUAAGCAAAAUUUACCAAAUAAAACCUCGAGCACCAUUAAAUUUUCUUUUUGACGUAACUUCUCAAACAUAUUUUUAGCACUAUUCCAUUUAUUACCUGCACUAAACAUAGUAUAUUUUUAUGUUCUUCGCCGUUUGAGAAAUGGGAAAAAAAAUUGAAAUGGCAGUCAUAACCAACUUGCACUUUUGUUUUGUAAACAUACUUAAGUUAUAAGUAACAUGCAAAAAAACUUUCAAAGUUAGCAGUUGAGAAACCGAUAACAGAACUUGUUCUACACUACGCCAUAAUGGAAAGACCGGAUAAGUAUAUUUAUGCUAUAUUAAAAUGAAUUAGCACAUUAGGUAAGUGCAUGUUAAUGCAAAGAGUAAUGCUUGGGGUCAGUAUCAAAUGCGCUUAAAUCGUUUGCAUUUGCCGCAGUGAAUGCCUUAAUUUUUCUCUAUUUCGCUAUUUUCUUUGCAUUUCAAAUUUUUCUAGAAUUUCGGGGAGGGGCGGAGGGAUUGGGUAGGAAGAUACAAUGUCCGAAUUCUUGUAGUCCGGACAUUAAUAAUAUACUCUGAUUUUAUUAAGGCGGGAGAAGGACGUACAACUAUCAUUAUUGCCCAUCGGUUAUCAACAGUGAAAAAUGCAGACAUCAUCGCCGCUGUCAGUGAAGGAUACAUUAAAGAGAUUGGUACACACGAAGAGUUGGUUGCUAAGAGAGGUCUUUACCACACUUUGUUGAAAAUGCAGGUACUUGCUUUAAUUCAUACCCAAUUUCACUACCAAUUUUUCCGCUGAUAAAGUGUGAUUGUGCAGUAAAAAUUGGAAGGCACAUUUUAAUUUGCAGAGUCUAAUAAAACGUCCAAGAUUAAUUAUAUGUCACCUGCCGAAACAGCUUAUCAUCAAACUUAAAGUGCCCGAAUAUGCGCAUAGGUUCGGCUUUGAGUAUGUUGCAGCGAUCAGUAGAAAACAUAAUAAAUUACUUGAAUUUUGUAAAGACAAAGGUUUGCAACUUGCACCCGAAAUGUUUCUGACAAAAGUGGAGAGCUGAUUGGCUUCUUAAAGAGUAAUUGAUACUUGUUUCAAUUUCAUAAAUAUGGUAUUUACUUCAAUUCUGUCAAAAUAUGUCAAUACAGUGUUAGUUUCCUCACACGUAUACGUCUGUUUCGUCUCCCAAGGUUAUUAUGUUUGAAACAAAAACACUUUCUUAUUCACAGGAAGGAGGAAGUGAUGACGGCGAUGAAGAUGAUAAGGAUUCUGAAAUUGGUGAAGGUAUAUAUACGUCUUUUAUUGUUUUAAAAUUAAUUUUCUUCUUUGCUAGUACGUAAUUACGUGGGAGAGAUGAUUUAUAGCAACUCCUGAGAUGCAAUACGUUCAUAAUGCUAAAUUUCCCUCGUAUCCAAAUUGAUGUUCAUUAGUGAGGAAACCACUGCUGUAAAUGUUUAACAUUUUCAGUUUUUCGGAAAAAACCCAGAAUGUCUUUAAUGUUUUUAAUUCCUCAGGAUGAUUAUUUGCUACAAGAAUUCUCAAGAAUAGUUCUUACGAAAUUGAUACACUUUAGUCUUUGUGUGUUAAAAUUCCAUAUAAGACACCAAAGAUUUCAAUACCUUCUCGGAAACGAUCGAAUUUCUCUGAGGUACGACUCUAACAAUCUUGAACUUGAUCGCACUUUCCGCGGGAAACUGGCUUCGUGUUUGAUACUUCAUCAUGGCAUGCUUCACCUCAUUGAAUAGUUAUAUUUUGGUCAUGUAUUUGGUCGUAUCACGUAGAGCAAUGGCAUGCAUAAACAAUUGUUAGGAACACGAAAUUUACAGGCACUCCCAGAGCACUGGCAAAGAGUUUAGUCAGUAAAAUAAAUUACUUCUUUUUAAGAAACUGACGAAGCAUUUAAACUGGAAUCUCCUGGAACUACAAUAAGCGAACAAAUCAGUAAACGAUCGCAGGUAAUCUCGAAUUAUUUUAAAAUUUUGUUAAAUAUAUCUUUAUACACUAGAAUGCUUCUGUUUUUCAGAAGUGCCAGCCAUAGAUGAAAAUACUAAUUAGUAAACGUUGAUUCUUUAGAAAUAUUAAUUCGAAAUGUGGAAACACGAGCAAAACAAUAUGGCGGCGCUUUUGGUUUAAAACUUUAAACUUAUGAAUAAAAACUACGAGAAAAAUCCUGAAAUUUCACAUUGGCCGCCAGCUUCGAUUUGACAGCAACGAAUUAAAAGCAGGUUUUAAAUUUUCAAAUUUUCUCUCUGUUUAUUUAUAUACUUUCAUAGGUUUAUGACGAUGGUACAAAGCCGGUAUCAUUUAGAAGUUUGAUAAAACUUAGCUCUCCAGAAUGGAAAUAUUUGUUAAUUGGCUGCUUUGGAUCCGUAUUAUAUGGAGCAUUCCCGUUCUUGUAUGGAAAAGCUUAUGGAGGAUUGUUUGAG